GAUAGCCAGAGACUUUAUUCUAUAGAUGCCGGGUUUCUUUUGCCGAGUGCUGUCAGCAUCAGAGCUCUUGGGUUACUGAAGCAAAGGGGCCCAGAGUGGAGCUCUGCUGUGAGGGUCAGGUAUGGUGUACAAGAGGAUUCACAGAACAUGCAGGAGUGUCACAUGACGCAGAAGCUCCACAGCGAGUCUGAACCAGUCCAGAUGUACCGUAUAACAGCAGCACAUGAACUCCACUGUUCCCAUGUCAUCAACCUAAACCACAAGAUUCACCUUAAACAUGAACGGAGCCCAAUCCACGUCCAGUCAUCUCUUGAUGUAAGCUAUGGAAAGCAGUGGAACCAGAGCAGCAACAAACACAGGGUCCUCUUCAAUCAGUCCCUCAGAAACCAGUCUGAACCCGGCCUCACCAGUUAUGCUGUGGAGCUCAGCCUGCGACUUCUAGACCGAGGACUGAAUUACAGAACUCAGCUUCUGCACUCUUAUUUCAAGAAACACAAAUCUGAGAGCAGCACCCACCUGAAAAUCAACUACAACAAUCAGAUGCCUCUGGUAGCUGGCAUCCACUGGAAGGACGUGUCAACAAAGACCUCCCUUCAAAAGUGGGAAGGUUCAUUUAACAUGGAUACCCCCUGGCUCUAUGUGUACAUAGCUCAAAAACUAACUCAGCCCCAGCGUGGCAUCACGCAGUUCAGCUCUGAGGUCACCACACGGAAACUGGUGAACAUGCGAAGUGUUAAGCUAGAGGGUUUCUACAAGCAUAGAGGAAAAGAACGACAAGGCCAGCUGCACCUUUUCACACCGACUGCCAGUUAUAUUAAGGUUGGUGGAUGGAACAUGCUGGGCAAGCGUGGAAUUAAAGCUUCAUGCUCCAUCAGCACAGCCUGGACACCAGCUUUGCACGGGCAAAUAUCUGUAGUCAGUGGCAAGCAAGUGAAGACUCUGGAAAUAAGUGCAGGCUAUGGCAAGCAGGACCUCAAUAUUUCUGCGGUUCUCAGUACUCUGGAUAAGAAGCUAAAGAAGAGGCUUUUGAUGAUGGCAAUGACCCUGUCGGAUCUAAAAAACCCUUAUGCGGAGCUACAGAUGGAGGGUGCCAUAGAAGAGAUACGGAAGGAAAAGAAAAUUUAUCAGAAAAGAUGGAAGCUAAACUUCAGACAACCAUUCACGUUUCUCCCUCAAAGUCUCAUCCUCCAGGAGACAUUCACAAGUCAUCUACAUCAGAAGGUUUAUACUUUAGAGUCAAAGGUUCUUGUCCAUGGAAACAAAAAGGUCAUUCAUGUCCUUACUCUGGGUUUCCAGCCACAGCAGCCAUACGUGUGCUCCUCAAUAGUCCAGUCUUUCAGCGCUGAGAGAAUUCCCCAAGACUCAAAGAUCUGUGUUACUGUCCAAAACCACCAGACUGCUUAUGAAAUUCAGGGCAGGUUGUGGACUGGAAAUGAUGAAAUACUUGCAGCCUUUGGUCAAGUACAACUUCAUGACCUAACUACAUCUCAGCAAGGUAUUACAAUGAAAGCCAACCUGUCCCAGCUGUUUCAGCUGGAUUUCCCGACCUCUGUCAGCCUAGAUAUUGAGGUGCUCAGGAGUCACAGGAACAACAGCGAGUUUGAAUAUCAUUCUGAAGGGAACGUUGCCAUUGACGACAAGAUUUACCAUGCUAAUGCAGCAAUAACAGUAUCCCCUUUUGGAAACAUCAGCAGUUCUAUCAGCCUGAAGGCAAAUGAAAAAAAUGCAACACUUCACUUUACUCUAGACAACAAGGUGGCAAAGGGCAUUGAUACUGUGUGCGUCCAUGCUGGCUUUCGUCAGACUUUAUUCCCAGGGGUCACUUCUGACGGGCGUAUUCAUUUAGCUGCUAAUUCUUCUUCAGAAAGUGUUUUCUUGCAGUGUACAGUUAGAAAGGAAGAGGAGACGUUUAAUGCUCACUUGAGUGGAACUCUACCAGAUGAUCAAGAGUGGCGACUAUCUCUUUCAGCAGAUAUUUUCAAUUCAAUACAAGAUCUCGCUGCUUUACCUAAUUCAGCUAGUUUAGUUGGAGUACUAACCCAGUCAAAGGGUCUAACUGAAGGAGAGCUUACUGUAGUAGUGGACGAUGCUGUAUAUGGGCUGGAAGUGACCCGUCAGCAUGACAGGAAGUCUGGAGAAGAUCUUAGUGCCUUACUAUGUCUAGUUGCUAUGGAAGAGUCACUGUGUGUAAACAUCAACAGUAAUUUAACACAUUGUGGGUGCAGACGUCUUCAUACCCAGCUGUCUCACUCUUUCCCUUGGCUUCGUUCUGCAGGGCUUCCGCUGAACAGCAGCGCAGGUGUGUUUGUGAACUGGAAUGACAGCAGUGUCUGUGCCCUACUGACACUGCAUGCAGGGGCCAGAGGCCUGAAAGCCACACUGGAGCAGAGUUCACACCACAGCUCACAAACUACUGGAUGCUCUCAGGUGAACUGCACAGAGGGGAUCGACACGGGCCACCUGCUGGCCGUCUGCUCUGGGCAAGACCAGGAAGACUCACUGAAGGUUGGAAUCAGAGCCAGUCUUUAUAACUCCCAGAGGUCAGCUUUCUCAUUCGAUCUUCAAGGUCACCACGAUAUCUCCAGCAUUGGACUAAUGGUGAACAUUUCCCACAACAUAUCUGCUUUGCAUCCAUACCUGCCAUUUGAGUUUCACUCAAAAUCACAGUUGAGCCACGCACGCUCUUCAGUUAAAGGUACUGCAGAACUUCUGGUCGGUGUGAGCGGUUUGGCUUUUGAAGCAGAGAUCUCGAGUACAAACUCUGGCUUUAAACAAGUGCUGAUGUUCAAUCACUCAAUACCUCAGCUACACUUGUUGCCCAGGAAUCUGGCAUUGAGGACACGCUACGGUGGAAAGAGAGGGUCACACACUCUCACGCAUCGAGCACAGUGGGAGAAUCAGGAUUUAACCGACUCAUCAGAUGGUGUCACACAGUUACAAAGUUAUCCAGAACUGUCAGGAAAGACUCAGGGUUGGGGUUUUGAUCUUAGGGUAGAGAAUGACACUCAGAGGAAGCUAGGUGAUCUGAGUGUCGACUGGACUCUGUAUGGACGCCAUGAUCAGGUCAGAGUUCAAGGUUCUUGGACUUUGGUGAGCGGAAAAACAGAUUCAUUCGAACAGAAACAACCCUUUAUCUCAACACUGGCUCACUUUUACAUACAUGCCCUAUCACACGGACCCGACCACAGGCACGACAGCAACAACCAGGCCCCUCUUUCCUGGGAGCACGGAAAGCCUGUAAAUGUUUCUGUAACAGUGAGCGAGCACUGGCAUGAUGACUCCAGCAGAGGGCAGGCCUGUAUCUUUCUCUCACCAGGACAGAUACAGUCGUUGCUUCCCCUAGUGGAGAUGGAGGGAUGUGUUGCUGUAGCUCAGGAGGGGAAGGCCUACUCCCAAAACACAGAGCUCAAAUGGAAGGACAAGAGGAUAGCACAAAGCAUGAAAUACCAGGGAGGAGUAAAAGGAAUGCACACACUCCUCGUGGAGCUGGGGGCCCAAAACGUCUCUCCGUCUCCAUGUUCAUCUCACUCUCUUCUGACCCAGAUACACACCAACCUGAGGGACCGUCUUGAACACCAUGUUCAGAUCGGCCUCUGUCCUCCACAGCCAGCUUUAAUUUGGUCUGGAUCUCACAGAGUGAACUCGGGCAAGGAGAUGUUGUACACUCACACCCGUGUGUCUGUGUCCGGACACCCUCAGCACAACACUUUCACACUGACGCUCAGAAACAUCAGCAGCAGUCAGCGCUCCAACUACUCAAUGAUCACAGAGUGGCAGGUAGGAAACUGGAGUGUGGAAUUGGCCUGCAGUUCUCUGUCUUCAGGCAGGAACGUGGCGGUCCAGGUUCAUGCAAAACUAGACCGCAGUGAGAUGCUCUGGCUGCAGGGGGUGCUGGGAAAACGCUGCCUUCGAGCUGCUGCCGGAUACAACACUGAAAUGUCUGAUGAAAUCAGAGUGGCGUUUUGUUCGGAGGGACAUCACUGGUUUACCCUGGAGGCUCAGCGAGGCGGCCGUGGCAUUGAAAAUGAGACCCUUACCCUUAUUUCUGUAGGAGCAGCCAAUCAGAGUCUGCUAUUUCAAGCUAAGGGAUGUAGGGAAUGCCUGUGGGCCGCUGAGGCACGGCUCCAGCAGCUGGGGUCUCGGAUGAGGAGUAAACUCUUAGACAGAGUUCAGAGACUUCAGCAUCUACUGUUAACAUUAAGAAGACAGGCAGGGGACAGCAUGUUCCUGUUGGAGCUGAGUGAGGGGCCGCUGUCUCUGACCCAGCAAGCCGAGACUCUGCUGCUUCAGAGAGCAGGAGCGCUGUGGAAAGCAUGGACCACCGGCCUGCUUCGACACAUGCUCACACACAGCCUACCGCACACGCUCUCGCACUGGGUGAAUCACAGGAAACGCAUACCUUUAUUUUCUAAGAUACAGAAACCCCUGGCUACUCUAGCUGGAGCGUACCACGAUGUGACAGGGGUGCGUUUGGACACGGCGUGGCAGCAAGGAGUGCAGCUGUGGACCAGAGAACUGACGGAGCUUUUGCCUGCAAUACUUCACGAUCCUCAACUGAGGGCGCCGUCGCUGACCGCGUUGCAUGUUGCCAUCUUUGCAAUGGACAUGGUGGGCCAGCAGACCUUCCAGUGGAUGGAGGCCCGAUCGGCUGCCAUGCUAGUGGGUAUCAGAAGGCAGCUUGCACUAAUGUACAAGUUCUCCAAAAGUUCGGCUUCUACUUUGUCACGCAUUGCCACAGAUCAGGCAUUUCUAGUUGCAGACGUCUAUUUGGUGUCAUUCGAUGGACAUCUGUUCAAACUCCCAGCUUCCUGUGACUUCCUCCUAGCAGCUGAUGUCAUCCAGCACACCUUCAGCAUUGUGCUCAGAUCCGACAGGUUCAAACGUCGCUCGCUUGUGGUGCAAAUGCAAAACGCAAAGAUUGCAAUUCACCCAAAUGGAGAGGUGGAGGUUAAUUGCCACGUUGCACAUAUACCAUACACUAACCGUGAAGUGGCUAUCAGAAAGGAUGUGAAUUUAAUUGAGGUGUCCAAUGAGAGAGGACUUCGGGUAUCAUGUGACCCUCAUCUAGAAGUUUGUAGUGUGAUCCUAGAUGGAUGGCUUCAUGGUGUGUCCACUGGUCUUUUAGGAACCAAUGAUAAUGAGGCAGCUAACGAGCUUCUUCUGCCAGAUGGCUCUCUCACACACAGUGUGCUUCAGUUUACUCACAGCUGGCAGGUGGAUUCAGAAUGUGUCAGCAGGAAAGCUGAAGUCUGUCAGAAUGGCACUGCUGACUCCCUGUCGUGCACAUUUCUGUUCUCCUCCACAAAUUCUCCUCUGAGCCCCUGUUUCAGAGUGGUGGAGCCUGCACAGUUCAUGAUGAAGUGUGUAUGUGAUGAGCAUGCAGAUGUUUCCAGACCAUCCUUUUGCACAUUGGCCUCUGCCUAUAUCCAUCAAUGCCAUAGAAACUACGUUCCACUGGAGCUGCCAGUGCAGUGCGUGUAAGAGUGGUGUCCGGUUUACUGCAGUGAUGCUGUAACUCCAGGGAAGACAUGAAGCGUCAGCUGACCUGUUUGAAAAUUAAUAGUGAUGUAAUGUACAAAAUCAUUACUAUUAGUAUCUUUAUUACUAAUACAGUUAU